CUCCGUGCACGAUUUAGUUGCAUGUAACCAAUUUCUUUAUUUUCUAAAAAUAGAAAAAUGGAAAAUCCGUUAUAAAAUCCAAUAGUUCAACUUUUGUAAACAUUACAAUAGUAUAAGUUUAAGGCAUAGGAAUGACCACUCAGCUGACACAUGUACCGGGAAAGGGCGAGGAGUUCCGCUUUUCCGCAGACAUUCAGGCCGACUCCCUUGGACGUAACGAUGACGGUUCAAUCCCGAGCCUUAGUGAUGCCGACCUUCACCAGCGUCUGGUUGCUGUUGAUGAUGAGAUUGGGACGGGAGACCUGGAAGGUCUUAAGUUUCUUUGCCGAGAUCACUUGUCAGCAUCAAAGCUGGACAAGGCAAGUAGUGCCCUGGAGAUUUUCGAGAACAUGAAGAAAGCGCUGCUGAUUGAUGUAAACAAUGUGGACUUCCUGCUCGAGUGUCUUGGGCGGAUACACAGAUUUGAUCUGGUACGAAAACUGGGCUUCCAGGUGGAUGCAGUGCGCGAAUUUCUACCCUCCCUCAAUAAGAUCUUCCCAUUCAGAGUCCUGCUGAUGGAGAUAGCUGACGACAUUGAAGACCAGGAUGUGGAAAAGAUCCGUUUCCUUUUGCGCGGACGUGUAAAGAAGAAGUUAUUGACAUCAUCGCCAUCACUGCUCGAGAUGUUUGUGCUAUUAGAACAGGAGGGGUUGUUAUCAGCUAAUCGUCUCGACCUUCUCACCUGGGUACUGCAGAAUAUUGGACGUCCAGAACUUUUGGAGAAUGUUAGACGGUUUGCAGGAGGCGCUCCACGAUCCAGUGAACCCUCUGUUCUUGCACAGGUGCCCUCAGAUAGGGCGGACAUACCUCAGGCACAUGAAUUCCAGAACCGGAUUAACCCACCAGAGAUGACCAUGCAUCGUGUGACUCCUCUACAACGAGACAAUCCCCAUGGUAACCUGGAACGUAGCCCGAGUGCGGGAACUGUGACGUUGUCAAGCACAGAAGAAGGAGAGGAAUCUCCCAAUGACAGAGAUAUCCCCAAGGAACUGCUGCAACAGAUAGCGAGGGACGUGAGUGGGCAGUUUGAUAACCUAGCAAUAGAGCUUGGUAUGUCAAACAGGGACAUUCUGGAGUACAAAGAUCGAUACAAAGACCUCAGGAAUAGCGCACAGCAUCUCCUGACAGACUGGCAAAAUAAGCAGCAGGACAGGGGCAGUGUUGUACCUAAGCUGCGGUAUGUUCUACAGAAAUUGGGCUACAAGCAGGCGGCCACUGCUCUUGACCGCUGGCUCAAUACUCUCAAUUACAGUCGGCAACUACAGAACGAAGAAAAUCACUGUGCUAGCGUGCGUGAGUCCAAGCCAGUUCCUGAGGUAAACCUCAGCACUCUCACCCUCCAGGAGCGUGCGCAGGUUACAGGUGCCCUACAUCAGCAGCAGGCCACCUCACAAACACAGACCACAGGUACACUCCAUGUUCAACAAACUCAGACUACAGGAACUCUCCAGGCACAGGUUCUACCACCUGAUCACACCGGCUGGAUGCCCAUGCAGACCACAAACCCUGUGCCACCCCAAUUGUACCAGGGACAGCCAGGUCUGGGUCAGGGAGGUGUCAUUCAACAGAUGCCACCUGGGCCCGUACAUGUGACCUCCACCCUGGAGUUUGAGUCAUACUCUCUAAACAGCUACCCCAGAGGCUGGUGUGUGAUCAUCAACAACCAAGAAUUCCAUGUGGAGCCUGGAAGCCGGGAAAGCACACAGAUGCCUAGAAGGGGUGGUACGGACAAGGAUGCAGAAAGCCUCCAGUUGAUAUUUGAGGAGCUAGGCUUUAUAGUGCGUCGCUACGACAACAUGACGGACACACAGAUGAGCCAGAAACUGAUUGAUGCGGCCCACAAUGUGGACCACGAAAAGUUUGACGCAUUUGUGUGCUGCAUCUUGACCCACGGUGUGUUGAACCAUCUGUAUGGCUCGAAUGGGAAACUCAUCUCAAUCAAGGAUCUCACCUCCACGUUCCAGUCCAACAGGUGUCCGAGUCUGGCUGGGAAGCCUAAGCUGUUUUUCCUGCAAGCGUGCCAGGGUCGAGACAAGAUGGGGGGUGGGGAGUACGAGAAGGACUCUGGAGAGGGUGACAUUCAGGUGGACACCUUACCCAAGGAGUUGAUACCUAAUGAGGCUGACUUUCUGUUGGGGUAUGCCACUGUCCCUGGCUAUGUGAGCUUCAGGUCACGCAACCACGGCUCCUGGUAUAUCCGGAAACUUGUCCAGCUCCUCAGCCAGCACUCUGACAGACACGACUUGUUGAGUAUCCUGACAGAAGUCAAUCGACAGGUGUCAGCAGCCAAUGCCAACAUUGACGGUGGCCUCUUUAAGCAGGUGCCUGCACCCCUGUUCACCCUCCGGAAAAAGCUGUUUCUGCGCCGCCCAGCCACCUGAAGGUCACCACAGAAAUCCUUCAGCAUCUGUGAUAACUAAUGAUAUAUUGUUGGGGCGUAAAGGCGUGGUUCUGGAACAGCUUGGCCCAAAAACUGCUUUGUUUAAAUUGUGUCAAGUAUUAAAAGCAAAAUGCAAAUAUUCAGUUUUGACUUACUGAGAAAGAUUCACUAUAUUGUAUUAUAAAAAUGGAUUGGUUUGUUUUAAUUUUAAAAAAAAGUGAUAUUGUACAAUUAUUGGUAUAACUGGGUACUUUAACAAUUUUAAGCUUGUCAACAAUAACAGGUGACAUAUUAAAAAUGUUUUAUAAUCA